AUGCUGCUUGAUAUCACUGGAAGAAAUAGUGGAACAAGGCGGAGCACCGACGCCCAUCUACGUCAGGUUGAUAACACACAGCCGGCCAAGUACACCAGACGAAUUUACGGCUCUCUUCCUAGAAAUCGAGCGUACUUACUAACGCAGCUGCGUUCUGGACCGUCCUGGCUGUCAACAUUUGCCAAGGCUUUUAGAUUCCCCGAGGACGACCUAUGCGUCUGUGGCGAGCAGGAAAGUGUACACCGCGUGCUGUUAGACUGUCCAAGAUUGGGAGGGCUAAGGAGAGAGCUCCGAGGAAAUGCUGGCGACGCUUUCAGCAGUAUAUCGACCAUGUUAGGGGGACCAGGAAAAGAAGGAAGAAGUAAGAUUGACAGUGCUUCACGGACCAAGACAGUUGAGGCUGUCUUCGGCUUCGCUAAAGCAUCGCAACGGUUUCAAAGCCGCGCGCCAUGA